GGAAACUGGCGAUGUUCUACUUUUUUUUUUAUGGAGUCCUCAUUGCCAUAUUUGCCUUGUUAAUGGGGAUACUACAGCAGACUCUCAAUGACUUCUAUCCCACAUUCAUGCUGGACUCAAGUGCCAUCGGUACUAAUCCAGGUCUUGGGUUUCGACCAAUGCCCCCUUAUAAUGAAACAGAAAGUACUCUGAUUCACUUUGCUCCACCAUACCGGUAUACUUGGGAACAUUGGGUUGAGGAUCUCACCACCUAUCUUGAUCCCUACGAGAAGACAGAUGAAAGCAGUGGAGAAUAUGUAUCACAGUGCUCUUUCGGGAGGCCCAGGGAACCCAACAAGGUGUGCUUCUUUGACAUCAAGACCCUGGGCACUAUUUGCACAAAGGAGAACUUCUUUGGCUAUGAUCGAGGUUAUCCAUGCAUCCUUCUCAAACUCAAUCGGAUCAUAGGAUGGAAGCCAGAGGUGUAUGAGAGCAUGGAUGAACUCCCUCAUGACAUGCCUAAAGACCUUCGGGAGCGGAUACAGAAAGAAGCCAACAAACAUGGAAACACUCCUCCUGCAAUGGUGUGGGUGUCAUGCUCUGGAGUGACAGCAGCUGAUGUGGAAAACAUGGGUGCCCUUGAGUAUGCACCCUAUCCAGGCUUCCCUGCAUAUUUCUUUCCCUAUGAGAGCACCCCAGGGUUCCGUUCACCCUUGAUUGCUUUGCGUUUCACAGGCCCUGAAGCUGGUGUGGUCAUUAGUGUUGAAUGUCGUGCAUGGGCCAAAAAUAUAAUCCAGGACAGAGCCAACAGACGUGGUUUUAUUCGCUUUGAGCUUCUCAGAGAC